AUGGCACACCAUUCCGAUACCACCUCCUUCACUACCGUGUCCGAUUCUCACAGCAAGGAGUCUGGCAACCCCAACCGGGAGGAAGUUAGUGUCAACGCUGCAACGUCGCCCCAUGCAAGAAGACCAAAAGAAACGGUCUCCAGAAUCUCCACAGCUAUCGCUCUGGACAACCCUUCCAAGGAAGGAUCGAGGUAUGUGCACAAUGCCAUUGCCUCUAUGGUCACUAAGAUUCUGUCCGGUGAUCGGAAUGUUCCUGGGGUUUCCGUUCCCUUGAACACUAUCGUUCCCGAUGAUGUUGCAUAUCGUGAAACCGCAGUAGUGUUAAGGCAGAAUGUGUCUGGAUUACCUGAAGAGGGUCCUAAGAAUGAUAAACAUGUAAGCAAGGUGAGAGGUGAGAAGGUAAGUGUCCCUCAAGAGGUUGAGGCCAACCCUAGAGCUGACACAGUCAACCUGGAUGAGUUCUGUGAUAACGAACUGUUGGCCUCGGUUAUCCCUAGCAUAGCCAAGAGAGUCAGAACUAGGAGAGGGAAAAAGACAGUGAUGCAAAGGUCUCCAUCCAAGGAAGUUGAUGAGACAACUCCUCACAAGCAAACAGGGACAGAGAGUGCACACAAGAGGAAAGGUUAUGGACCUACAAAAUCUUGGAGCAAAGAGAAACCACCACAACCUGAACCAGAAGCCACCUCUCCACCCUCUGAAAAACAAAAUCCACCUCCAUCUGAACAACCUCAAACACCACCAUCUCAACAACCCAUAACACCACCUGCACAAAUACCACCACCACCCUUUGAUAUUCCCACCAUACCAACCUCUGAAGACAUCAUCAUCCCUACUCAAACUCCCGUUGACACCAACCAAACACCACCAUCAUCCCCAUCCCCCAACUCUGAAACAUAA